GUAAAGCCUUUGACAGUGCUGAGGCUGUGAAUGCUGCUGUUUCCAAUAUCAUCUGUUCGAUUGUUUAUGGUAAAAGAUUUGAAUAUGAUGACCCAGAGUUCAGAGUGAUGGUGAGUCGAGCUAUUAGGAAUACUCAACUCCUGGGCUCUGCUUCAGUGCAGUUGUAUAACUACUUUCCAAUGCUGUUCAGUUGGGUUAAAGCCCGCAAAGAGCUGAUAGAGAAUGCCUUUGCUAAUAGAAGACAGAUCGCAGCAUUGAUCAAAGGUUUAGAGGACACCCUUGAUCCACAGAUGUGCAGAAGUUUGGUGGAUUCAUUUCUCGCUCGGAAGAUUCAGCUUGAGGCAUCUGGAAAUAUAGAUAAAAAUAUAAGUUCUCACUAUCACGAAGACAACCUACUGAUUACUGUUGUCAACCUAUUUACUGCUGGCUCAGAAUCUACAUCUAUUACUAUAAGAUAUGGCUUAAUGCUCAUGGCCAAGUACCCUGAAAUACAAGACAAAGUCCAGGAGGAACUGGAUCAGGUAGUAGAAAAUCGCCAGGUCCGAGUGGGAGACAGAAAGAGCCUGCCGUUCACUGACGCUGUCAUCCAUGAAAUACAAAGAGUGAUUAAUACUACGCCUUUUAUUGUACGCUGCGUUUCACAAGAUGUCACCUUUCAGUCCUACUUCAUCAAGAAG